UUUCCCACCAAUAUGUCUGUUAUAUAUAUUCCUGAAGACACACCAAUAGGUGCAGUAGCAUAUAAGAUUAUUGCAUCUGACACCAGUAAUAACCCAAUUACCUAUUCUAUGUCUGGAAAGGAUUCAGCAUUCUUCAAAUUAGAUGAAAACACUGGCAUUGUCACAAUUGCACGUGACUUGGACCGAGAGGUUACAGCUACUUUGCGUGUUACCGUUUCUGCUCGUAACAAAGACGGAGAGAAAACCUUGACACAAACAAUUGUGCUUGAAGAUGCCAAUGAUAAUGCACCCAUAUUUCUAAAUGUUCCAUAUCAAGUAUCUGUUUAUGAGAAUGAAACUGAAGGGUCAGUAUUAUUUACUGUUGUAACAGAGGAUAAAGAUCAAGGAGCUGCUGCAACAGUACGGUAUCAGAUUAUGGAAGUACUCCCAGAUGCCCCUUAUCUCUUUGAAAUUCAACAAAAUGGAGACGUUAUUUUGAAUGGUACUCUGAAUUACACAGGGAAAAGCACAUUUUAUCAGUUACAGAUCAAGGCUUCAGAUCGUGGUGGACUGUACAAUGGAGCAUUUGUCAUUCAAAAUGCCUCUACGUUUGCAAUUAUCAAUGUAAAAGAUGUUCCUGACUUGGAUCCUAUAUUUUUGAACAUGCCUUAUCAAACGACAGUGCCUGAGAAUUCUAAAGUGGGAACAACUGUACUUACAAUUACAGCUGUGGAUGGUGACCGAGGAAUUAAUGAUGAGAUUACAUAUUCUAUCUUAAAUUCAGAGCCUCCAGGUUUAUUUAACAUUAUUGCUCAAAGUGGAGAGAUAGUUGUGUCUCAUUCUUUUGACCGAGAGGAACUUCUUGACUUUAAUGCAAUUGUAGAACUGCAGGUUAUGGCCAAGGAAAUGCAUCAUGAUGUCAAUGGAACCAUUGCCUCUGCAAUUACAAGUGUAUCCAUCACUGUGACCGAUAUUAACGACAAUACACCUGCGUUCUAUAAUUGCACUCUUGGCACUUGUAAUUUUGCUGCAAGUUCAAAAGUGAAUUCAUUUCACACUUCCAUUCCUGAGCAUUUCUCGUCAGGAGUGCCAAUCGAGAAAUUAACCAUAGUAGCACGUGAUCCUGAUCAGGGUAUGAAUGGAAGCUUCACAUUGUCCCUUCAGGGAGCGAACGCAUCAGCUUUUACUGUUUCCCCAACAGAGAUCAAAACUGUGGGAGUGGUACAGAUAGCAGUGAAAGACUCAGAUGUUAUUGAUUAUGAACAGAGAAAGGUUUCAAUCUUUGAGAUUGUUGCAAACGAUACAACCAACCCGACGAAAUGUUGUUCCACAGCAACUGUUACAAUCGACAUUGUUGACAUUAAUGAUCACAGUCCAGAGUUCCCAGACCAAACAUAUAUCCUGACUGUGAAAGAAAAUGCAGACAUUGGAACUGUAAUUGGAACUGUUGCAGCAACAGAUCUCGACAGUGGAACCUUUGGUAAAAUUGCAUACAGCCUGUUACCAAAGAGCAUACAGGAAUUUAAAAUUGACAACGAGACGGGCAAAAUUACUGUUGCGAACAAUACAUUACUUGACAGAGAGAAACGUUCCAUAUAUUAUGCGACUGUUCAAGCAACAGAUGGUGACGGUCGUAAGGGUACAACAUCGCUUGAAAUUGUCUUAGAAGAUGUAAAUGAUAACCGUCCAGUAAUGUCAAGAGAGUCCUAUACUGCAUUCAUCACUGAAAACCAAGGAAACAAAUUAAACAUUAAAAUUGAAGCUUUUGACAAUGAUGAGGUCAACACCAAUAACAGUGAGAUUCGCUAUGCAAUCAUUGCUGGUGACGACCAACAAAAUUUUACCAUUGAUCCGAUCUCAGGUGAUCUCCAUUCAAUUGGUCCCAUAGAUCGAGAGGCCAUGAAAUCUUCAGAUGGAAAAAUUAAUCUAAUUGUGAAAGCUUAUGAUUUAGGAGUUCCUUCUCUUUCAACAACUGUCAAUGUCACUAUCCAUGUAGAGGAUGUAAAUGACAAUUCACCAAUAUUUUCUCAGCCUGUCUACAAUGCGUCUGUAAUGGAACACACAUUAGGAGCUUUUGUGACAUUGGUUAAAGCCAGUGACAAUGAUGCAACAGAAAUCAAUAACCGGAUAAUAUACCGUAUUGAAAAUGGUGGCUCAGGAACUUUUCUAAUCAGAUCAGUCUUAACAAAUGAUACCAUUCCGAAACAGUAUGAAGGAAAUCUUACUGUUGAUCCUACAAUAGCGCUGGAUUAUGACAAAGGACCAAAAUGUUACAACUUAAAUGUCAGUGCUUCAGAUUUAGGAACUCCAUCUAAUACAGCAUAUGCAACUGUUCGUGUCACUGUAAUAGACGUGAAUGAUGAAACUCCUGUACUAGAUCCAGAUUCAAUGAGGGAUUUGGAUGUAAUGGAAAAUAACGCUGAGUUUGGAAUAGUAAGGAAUAUAACUGCAACUGACAUUGACACAAAUCAUUCAUUAAUUUAUCAACUGGUUUCAACAGUUUGUUAUAAAUCUAAAAUUAUUGAUGCUCAACCAGAUGCACCAUGCCAUUAUUGGUUUGGACUUUAUGACAACGGAUCACUCUAUGUGAAUGAAUCAUCAGUUAUUGACUAUGAGAAAGUUGAUCAGGUGGACAUGACUAUUCGUGUGACUGACCUUUACACUGAAAAAAAUAAUGCAUCUCGUACUGGCAAACUUACAAUUCACAUUGUGGAUGCCAAUGACAACAGACCUAUGUUUCUUGCCUUGAAAAGAGUAUCUGUUAUCGUGCCAGAAUUAGCACCAAUUUCUGCUGAAGUCGCAACAGUUAAGGCAAGCGACAAUGACACUGGAAAAAAUGCAGCAAUUGAGUUUUUUGUUGUCAAAGUUUUAUUCAUCUUUUUGGAUGGACAAUCAAACAAUUUAUCGCCAGAUAUAUUUGAAGCUUCAAGAUCUAUCCUUAUUGAUGGUGAAUACACAGCAACUAUCAAGAUUAAAUCAUCACUAGACAAAACAUUGAGAGGACAAUACAAGGUAACUGUAGAAGCAAGAGAUGGAGGCAAUCCCACUUUAUAUGCAAGCAGUGAUCUAGAUUUAAUUACAGUGGAUGAAAGUUACAAGACACAGUUAGAGUUUAGUUCAACACCUGAAACACUUCAGAACAAUAUGAAUGAAAUAAUUGCGUUGCUUCGGGAUGCCACAAAUUCAAAUCCAUAUGUGGCAAGUGUAACUGCUGUCAACAAUAAUAAAAUACAACCAUUAGCCAGACAGGUAGCUAAAUCUGUAAUGGAGCUGUAUUUUGUAUAUAACAAUGGAACAGCUAUUCCUCCCGAGGACAUCAAUAGCAUAAUUCAGUUUGACCCUGAGGCUGCUAAUAAGCUGAUCGACCUUGGUCUUUUGAAUAUUAAAGAAAAAAAUACUGAAUCUAGUAAUAAUGAAAGUUUGUCUAUGGCUAUCAUCGGUGGGCUGGUGGCAGGUUUCAUUAUUUUGUUAGCCAUCAUGAUAACUGCUCUGGUUUGCAGUCGAGCAAGUUAUAAACGAAAGAUAAAAUCAAUAACUGCAAUGAACACAGCUAAAACAAUUACAAGUGAUAUACUGCAGAGUGGGGCUGUUGUUCCUGGUACAAACAAGUAUACUUUGGAAGGUGCUAAUCCAGUGUGGAAUACCGCUAUUGACACUUCCACAGAUCUUGGUUUUGAAGAUACAAAUUCAGACCGUGCAAGUGUUAAUUCUUUGGAUGAGAAUAUGGUCAAUGCAGUAGAAGAAACAUGUGCAAAGAAAUCAAAUACAUUAGAGAUGACCGAGAAGACAAUUGACAAUUAUUCAACUGAUGAUAAGGCCAAACCUCUGAGUGCUGCACUAGUCGACCAUGAUAACAAUAAAGAAAAAGAAUCAGGGACAUCUGGAGCUGGACUUCACAUUUCUCAUAUAAAAAGCAUUGAUAUCUGAGCAUUAUAUUUGGGUGUCUUUGACUAUUCAUUCAGUUUUUAAAUUUAAAAAUCUGCAUUUAAAACCUUUAAUAUAAGCAAAA